AUGGAUGCGCGAGUCCUAGGAUGCCAGGUUGCUGUAGGGUACGAAUUCUGGGAGGCGAAGGGUGCUCCCCGCUUUCAACUGGGAGCCUCUGUCCCUCCCCCCUCUACAGGCUCCAGGCACACGGCAACGGCGUCCUGCGCAGCCGCAUCUCUGAGCCGACCCUGCCCACGUACACCGGGUCAAGGAAAAGACUUCCUGUCAGCUGCUGAAAGAACUUCCGGACAGACCCUUGGCUGCCCUUUUGGGCAACAGAAGACAAAAGAGACAGGGACAGAUAGAGACAGAACGCACGUGCGCGCGUACGCACGUCCAGAAGACAGACGGCACAGACCCGUAUACGUGUGGGCAAGGACCAAACUUAUUGUCUUCCAGCAUUCGGCAUUUUUGGCUGUUGCGGUUUUGUACCAAGAAACUGGGAUGGAGAGACCCCAGAAGACUUGUUUGAGAAGAGCAUGGGAGGCUCUAGUCCCUUUGCCAAGGGUCCUAGCUGAAGAAAGCACCAUUGAAACUGACUCAAGCUCCUCUCAUGAGAAGACUCUACCUUCUCACAUUAAGGGUCCAUUUUAUCCAGAUUCAGGAUGGGACCGCCUCAAGGAACUCUUUGUCAGAGAUGAACGCCUCCCAACUCCAGAGGAAAUUGAUUAUAUUUAUAAGGCAGCGGCUUCAGGGGCAAUCGUGGGUUGGAUAUAUGGUGGCAUACCUGCUUUUUAUUAUGCCAAACAGCGUUAUAUUUCUCAGAGCCAUGCAGAGGUUUAUCACAAUCGGUUUGAUGCUGUGCAAUCUGCCCACAGAGCUGCCAUUCGAGGAUUCAUCCGGUAUGGUUGGCGGUGGAGUUGGAGAACAGCCUUCUUUGUGACUAUUUUUAAUACAGUGAGCACUGGUCUCAAUGUAUACCGAAAUAAAAAUGCUUUAAGCCAUUUUGUUGUUGCAGGAGCUGCUACAGGAAGUCUUUUCAGAAUACACUUGGGUUUGAGUAGUCUGGUGGCCGGUGGUUUAUUUGGAGCCAUUCUAGGUGCUCCUUUUGGAGUUGUGCUAAUGGCCAUACAGAAGUUUCAAGGGGAGACCAUUUGGGACAGAAAACAGAAGAAGCGAAAGGAGCUCUACGAGGCAAAGCUCAACGAAUGGAAAGCCAGGUUACAUGUUACUGAUGCUGUCACUGAAGAGUUUCAAAGUAAUUUGAAAAAUCAAUCAGAAAGAGAUGCAGAGAGAAUUGAAGAGCUGUUAAAUCUUCCUAGAAACCCUUCUUUAACAACUGAUAGUAAAGAUGGGGACUAAUUUGAUUCUAGAUAUAGAAUUUAGAAAUAUUUAAUUAGCUUUUUUUUUAAGGGAGCUGGAUGAACUCCUGGCUGUGCCCCUAAAGUUUUAAUCAUGAGCAUUGUGUUUGUGUCGGACUAUUGUAUAAAGUAAACACUGACUCAUGAAGUAUCUGUUAAUGACUGGUGCUGGGUGGAUUCACCAGGAGUUGGGCUGCUGGAGAUGGUAGCUGUUUUCUUCCUCUAAAUCUAAAAAUGAGAUUAUUUACUUAGUCUUUUUUCUUCCCAAAUGUGAGAAAAUGUUCCUUGGGUAAUAAAGUUUUGUGUCUUUGUUCUUGUAAGUCCAUUCACCUAAAAGGGAAGGGUGAGGGAAAUACACCAGAAGAAGGGAAUGGAGCCAACAAGUGGCCAAAAGCAUAUGGGAAGUCAUUGUGUCAUUGAUCACCUCAAAACGAGUACAGGUCUGAAGAGGAUAUUUUACGAUUAAAAAAUAGAUCACUUAAA